AUGGAGGGCAUGAAGGUUGGCUCCCCGGAAAGGAGGAGGGACUGUGCAGAGACCGGGCAGGGCUGGCUGUCUGAGGCAGGCUCCCCCUUCCGCCGCAUGGGCGGGGACGGAGAUCUAAAGAGGGGCAGCGGGGCCACAGAUGCAGGAGUCUGGGGUCCUGCCAAUAUCACGGUGAGGACCCUGAGGGAGCAGGGAGUAUACCCCGAUGCCCAGAACCUAGAGAGGGCCGGCCCUGCUGUUGCCAUUCCCCUGAGCAGCGUCAGCAUGCCUCUGGGCGCGAGGAGUGUGCAGUGCCUGUUGGAGGAGGCCCAGCAGGAGGCGAGCGAAGCCCAGGGCCUGGAAGGGGCCCAGCCUUCGUCUCAGGAUGGGCCAGCCACCCUGGGAAGUGAGCCCCACGCCCAUAGCUCCAGCAGCCAUGGGGACGAGGCCGCAGGGGAUGCCAGGGCCUCUCUCCAAGAUGCGCUGCGCAGGAAGGAGAUCCAACUGGUGACCUUCCUGCUCCACAAGUACCGCGCCAAGGAGCCGACCACGAAGGCAGAGAUGCUGGAGCUGGUCGCCCAGGAUCACCAGGACCACUUCCCUGACAUCCUCAGCCGUGCCUCCUUGUCCUUGGAGCUGACCUACGGCAUUGAUGUAAAGGAAGUAGAUCCCAGCAGCCACUCCUAUGUCCUGGUCCCCACCCUGGGCCUCACCUGGGAUGGGGUGACCGAAGAGCAGCGCCUCCCCAAGACCGGCCUCCUGGCGCUGCUCCUGGGCAAGAUUUUCCUGUGGGGGGGCCGGAUCCCAGAGAAGUAUAUGUGGGAAAUACUUAGUGCCAGGGGGGUGUACUCCGGGAGGGAGCACUGCAUCUUCGGGGAGCCCAGGGAGCUCAUCACCAGGGUCUGGGUGCAGGAGCAGUACCUGGAGUACCAGCAGGUUCCCGACAGCAAUCCUGCUCGCUUCCAUCUGCUCUGGGGCCCCAGGGCCCACGCAGAGGCCAGCAGGGUGCAGGUCCAGCAGUUUUUGCUCAGGCUCCUUAGCACACCUAUAGGCCCUUUCCUGUGCCCAUCUGAGGAGGCUAGGACCAAUGAGGAACAGGGUCCCUGA